UCACAGCCACUACCUCGGGUGAUGAUGAUGUUCUCUUCCUCAAGAGGACCAAGUGCAAGGGACCUACUAGCUCAGCCCCCUCUACCUCAAGGAGGAGAACUCGGGCCUCAGGAUCGACUCCGAAGUCAUCGACUCCAAAGCCCUCUCUUCAGCCUUGUGUGGACCUAGCCAAGGUGGUGGCUAAUCUCUCUUCCACAAUGUUCCCUGAGAGUGCCUGCUUUCUCCCUUCUGGGGACCUCCCGAAAGCCUUUGGGAGCGUUCAGUUUGAUCUCCUCCAGGUUAUGUCUCAGAUUCCCCAUUUUGAGGAUAUGGUGAACGGGCAAUCAUCCAAAAAAGAGCUGGAGAACAUGAAUGCUCAGCUUAAGGAGGAGAAGAACAAAGUCCUGGCUCAGGGGAAGGAGAUCAAAUCCCUUCAGUUUAAGCUGAAGAACUCGAAGGAGGCCGAGGCUGCUACUGCUGCGGAGAAUACCGCUUUGACGCGCCAGUUGGAGGAGGCCCAGGAGGAGCUAUGCGGGCUGAAGCUGGAGAAGGAGUCAUUUGAGGACGAGAAGAUGAUCGCUGUGAGUGGAGCCAAGGUGACUGCUCGCUGGGAGCUGAUGAGGGAAUGUCUCAAGGAGCAGACCGAUAAGUGGGAGUUGGCCGUGGAAUUCCAGCGAUACAAGCUGGUGAAGGAGUCCGAGGCUAAGCUGCAGGGAUUGCCUCCUCUAUCGUUUGAUGAUGAGUGGCCUCUCCCUGAAGCCGGUGCUUCCAAGGAGACUUCCCCUGCUCCAUCUGAGGGCGCGGCUGCUUCUCCAACCGCCUGAUCUCCUUAUCU